CCCGGCCCAGAUGGUUUAGCAGGGGCGCCCAGGCGUCCAGACUCUGCGUCACCGCCCCCCUGGACGCUCCCAGACGCGCGAAUUGAGCGCUGUAUCUUUAAGGGGGAAUCGGCAAUUUCGGUCCAGGACAAAAUGUCUGCGAGGAGCCCGGAGGCGAGGGGCGACCGUCGCGGCGUCCGGACACUGCAGAAGGAAUGAAAAGUAAACAGACCCUGAAGACCACCAUGGAAGGCAGCUGGAGGCCUGAGGACCCUGCAGAACAAGGCGGCCCCUGUCCAGCGCCUGUUGGAUCAUCAUACUCCGAGGCCUGGGGCUACUUCCAUCUGGCCCCGGCUCAGCCUAAGCACAGGAUGCUGAGCGCCUGGGCCACCUGCCGACUGUGCGGGCAGCAAGUGGGCGGCCUCCCCAGCUUCCAGAUGUGGACGCGGGCGCUGUGGCGGCACCUGAGUGAUGUGCACUUCCGGGAGCUAAAGAAGAGCGCUGCUCCGAGCGCGCCUGCCACGUCCAGCCCGCCACCCGCCGCCACGUCUUGCCCGCCGCAGCCCAGCCCCGCCGUGGCCGUGGCCGCCGAGGGCGACUGGGCACGCCUGUUGGAGGAGAUGGGUGCGCUGGCCGUGCGGGGCAGCCAGCGUGAGCUGGAGCUGGAGCGGCGCGAGGCAGCCCUAAAGCAGGCGGAACUCGAGCUGGAGCGCAAGCACCAGGUUCUGCAGCAGGAGGCCCGCUCCGUGGCGCAGGCGCGCCGCCAGCUACAGGUGGAGCGUGCAGAGCUGAGUGAGUGGAUAAAGAAGCAGAGCCCCCAUGUGAAGGCCAGUGCACAUGUCCUGGCACCGCCCACUUCCCUGCCUCUACUCCCCAAGAAGGACCCUGACAUCCUGGACGACGACGAGGACGACUAUAUGACCUACAACUUCGACGAUGAUGAUGACGAUGAUGACGACUAUAACGACUAGAACAGCGUGAUGUAAACCUAACCAUAAGCUGCAGAUGCGGCAGCGCCCCCAAGUCCAGAAGCCUGAUUCAGGUAUACACAGGAUGGUCCUCACGGCUACCUCCUUGCAGUUAGUGCCUUAGUCCUGAAGGCUUUUUAAGCCAGAAGGUUCUCUAAACACCAAAGACUCAUCACAUCACGAGCCUUUCAGGGGAAGAGGAGUAGUUAUUUAUCCAGGAACCCGCUCCACUCCCUCCCAGAUGUAUAAUUUUGACCCAGCACCACUGUGUUCCAGAAAGGAACCUUGAGUAUCACUGACUCCCUCCCUUCAGCAUCUCUAGAACCCCACAUCGGGCCAGUCCCAAAGAGACCCCUUUUUGUUCCUGUCCCUCAUGUGGCAUACCCAAGGCAAUGAGCACCCUUUUACUUAAAUCUGUUCCUGGAUCAGGCCCAGCAACAGGUACAUUCUCCCAUUUUCUUGUCUUGCAUCUUGAUACUAGCAAGACAUCUGUCAUUCGGGAGAAUAGUUUCUUACCCCACAGGUCCCCACAGACCUCCCCUUAAACCAAAAGAGAAACCAGAGGCCACGCCUCCCCACUGCCUUAGAGUUAACCCCUGUCACAUUCCCUCCCUUUCUUCAGCCCAGUGCCUCGCAAUGCCUCCUAUCCCUGAAAGUCAAGAAGUCCUCGUUGCCCACCCUUACCACUUUGCAUCCCACCAUGUUUGUUGCAUGUCUUAUUGCAUGCUAAGCUACCACCCAAAAGCCAAAUAUGGCUCCCCAGUCCUUGACGUUCUUUCUGAGGUCUCUCCUUUUGGAGGUGGAACAUGCUCUCCUAACGUUUUUUUGUUUUGAGAUAAAGCCUUCUUUUUUCUUUAAGGUAGAUCAAAUGUAAAUGCCUUUUUGUGAAAAGUUUGGAAGGGCAAUGUGACCAUUAUGUUUUAUAAUAACCAAGUACAUUCUAGGACAAAUCUCUGCAUUUGAUUUGGGAAAGAAAGGUUUCUAUGACUGAUAUGAAAUAUAAUACUAACAGGUUAAUUUCAGGAAAUAUUUGUAGUUUUGCAACACCGGGGUUUUUUUUUUAAAAUAAAUUUUUAUUUAUAUGCA